UACAGCCACUAGUUUGAUUUUGUCGAGCUUAUUGAAUGGGUCUCGAUCUCUGAUAAAGACGAUUUUCAUCAGAAUUUUUCUAUAUUCAACCUAAAUUAUAAAUUUUCUCAAUUUGUGAACAACACUUGACAAUUGGCUGUUCGUGUGGCAUGAAAUAAUAAACUGUUUGUGCAAUUAAGUUGAUUUUCUACGAAAGAUCAGCAAUUGAGCAAUUGCGAAAAAAAAAUUUUUAGUUCAAAUAAUUACUUUUGUCAAAAAUGUUUAUUAAAAUUAUUUGUUGUUUGGUGCUUGUUAGCUGUUUAGUCAGCAUAAACGCGUUCAAAUUUCCACUUGAUAUCGAGCGAUGCUCUGCUGGUGAUACCGACUGUAUUGUUCGUGUAUCCAACACUUUCAUAGAAGCUGCAGGCAAAAGCGGACACUCGGGUAUUGCGCUAAUUCCAAUCGAUCCGCUUCACAUUCCAAGCAUUACAAUCAAACAAGGUGCCGACUCUCCGGUUAAUAUUGAAUUGCAAUUCAAAGAAGUUGAUUUGAUUGGAUUGUCGGACUGUCGUUUCUCAAGAAUUACCGGUUUUCAAAAAGAUCCAAACGGAAAGUAUUCACUUGCUUGCAAGGGACCGGCUUUGUAUCUGGUUGGUCCAUACAAAAUUUCCGGUCGUGUGCUCGUUUUGCCAAUUCAAGGGGUGGGCAAGAGUAACAUCACUUUAGUUGAGCCCGAAAUAACAAUGACAUUUGACGGUAAAGGCAUCAAACGUGGUAACAACGAACAUUUGGCAAUCGAGAAUGCAAAACUGACAUUCAAAGUGAACAGACUUAUUUUCGACUUCCAAAAUCUAUAUAACGGUGACAAAGUGCUUGGAGAGUCAACAAAUCGCUUCCUGAACGAAAACUGGUCAGAUAUAUUCAAGGAAAUCAAAGCAAACAUCUUUGAUGCGUUUACACUGAUUGCUGAGAAUACAUUGCGCAAUGUCUUUACCAAAGUUCCAUAUUCUGAUCUCUUUGCUAAUUAACCUUGGUUGUCCAAAUGUUGCAAAGUGCAGAUGAUAGAAUCCAAAUUAUUAUUUUCUAAGACGACAACAAUGAAAUAGAAAUAGUAAGAAAUUCGGAGAAAAGAAACAGUCAAAAUUUUGGCAUGGAAUUUUCUAUAAUUUGUAUAUAUAUGUAGUAUGUAUAAUUUUAAACGGAAAAUUAUUUUUGAUUCAUCUUUGUGAAUCGAUGCAAAUGGUAAACUACGGACUUUUUCUCUUCAAUUAGAUAAAUGCGAUUGGCUUAUGAAUAAAAACGGUUGUAUAAAAAAAGAAAUAAA